AUGAGUGGCCGAGUCGGAGACCUGAGCCCCAAGCAGGCAGAGACCCUGGCCAAGUUCCGAGAAAAUGUCCAGGAUGUGUUGCCUGCCCUGCCCAACCCAGAUGACUAUUUCCUUCUGCGCUGGCUCUGAGCUCAGAAUUUCAACCUGCAGAAAUCAGAGCCCCUCCUCAGGGGUGCUGGGAGCCCAGUGAGACCUUACCACUCAACUCCCUUUCAGUACAUGGAGUUCCGGAAGACCAUGGACAUUGACCGCAUACAUUGGCAGCCCCCCGAGGUGAUCCAGAAGUACAUGCCUGAGGCCCUGUGUGGCUGUGACCAUGAUGGCUGCCCUGUGUGGUAUGACAUCAUCGGGCCGCUUGACCCCAAGGGCCUGCUUUUCUCUGUCACCAAGCAGGACCUGCUCAAGACCAAGAUGAGGGACUGUGAGCGCAUCCUGCACAAGUGUGACCUGCAGACAGAGCGGCUGGGGAGGAAGAUUGAGACUAUCAUGAUGAUAUUUGACUGUGAAAGCCUGGGGCUGAAGCACUUCUGGAAACCCCUGGUGGAAGUGUACCAGGAGUUCUUUGGCCUCCUUGAAGAGAAUUACCCAGAGACCCUGAAGUUCAUGCUCAUUGUGAAAGCCACCAAACUGUUCCCUGUGGGAUACAACCUCAUGAAGCCCUUCUUGAGUGAGGACACUCACAGGAAAAUUAUCGUGUUGGGAAAUAACUGGAAGAAAGGUUUGCUAAAACUCAUCAGUCCUGAAGAACUGCCUGCCCAGUUUGGGGGGACCCUGACCGACCCAGAUGGGAACCCCAAAUAUUUAACUAAGCAAGCCCAUCUUGCUCUGUGUCUGCAAAUCAACUAUGGUGGGGAGAUCCCCAAGUCCAUGUACGUGCGGGACCAGGUGAAGACUCAGUACGAGCACUUGGUGCAGAUCAGCCGCAGCUCCUCGCACCAGGUGGAGUACGAGAUCCUGUUCCCAGGCUGUGUCCUCAGGUGGCAGUUCUAAUCUGACGGUGAAGACAUUGGCUUCGGGGUUUCCCUGAAGACCAAGAUGGGGGAGUGGCAGUGGGCUGGGUUGAUGACGGAGGUGCAGCUCAACCAGCGCUACAACGCCCACCUGGUGCCUGAGGAUGGGAGACUCACCUGCAUGGAAGCUGGCGUCUGUAAGUCUGCCCUGGCUGGGCCCCAGCCCUGGAAGGUUGGAGCCACCUGUGCCAUGGUUUAUAGGAAGAAAUAGAGGGGUAGUUACCACUCUUCCACCAAGGAACAUACACCCUAGGUCAGUGCCAUUCAUCCAUACAGUCACUCUUUCGGUUCACACUUGAGAGCACCGAUCGUGUGCCAGAAGGGGCUGAGAGCACUCAGGCCGCAGGACACAGGCAAGGGACAAUAGGGCAGUGACAUUCCCCAGGAGGAAACUGGGCCUCUGAGAGGUAAAUCAGCUUGUCCAGAGGCACACAGCUGAGUGUGGUACCAGGGUCCCACUUCAGCCUCGUGGUAGCUGCAUAACCCUGAGCAAAAGUCUUACUGAGCGCAGGUUUGCUCACCUGUGAAGCAGAGGCUACAACUCCUACCUCUCGGGUGCCUGUAAUGAGGCAGAA